AGGGCUCGGUAUGUAUAGUAUUAACUAAACGAUAAAUGAACAAACCACACAUAGCAGUGUGAAAAAGGACACGUUCGGAGUCGGAGGUCUUUGGAGUUUUCCUGAAGUCGCUGACAACAUCUUUAAAAGAUGGCAUUCUACCAUAUUUUUCUUUCUAGUUUGUUGGUUAUAAUAACGACGCUGAAGAAUGUUCACAGCCGAGGAUUUUUUUACGCGGAAAUUGACUUCUAUAAAGAAAAAGGAAACGACUGGACGACAAAAUGCAUUAAACUUUGUGUGACCACAUCGCCAUCAGGAUUUCCUAAAUGUAAUCUCAAAAGCACAACUGGUGUUACUAAAGUUGAUCUAAAACCUAAACACAGCAUUUCUCCAUUAUAUCGCCAAUAUGUUUUUCCAUUUUCUGACUGGGAGCACAACAGUGAAUUAAGUGUAAUUGUAUGGAAAUUACCGAAAGGCAAAUCAUGUGACACAUCGAGUUCAACAAAUACUACCAAAUAUGGACAGUUUACCCACAUCAUACCACGGUUAGACAGGACGAGAGUUAUUUUGAACUUUGAUCCUGGAAAUUGGAAAGUCGAGAUAAGAACAACAUUGUACUGCCAUAAACCUGGUUGUCUUCCUCCUUGCAUUUCUCAACAAAAUGAUACAACUGGACAUUAUACAUGUAAAGAUGGAAACAAGAAAUGUACACCUCGAUGGUAUGGAAGAAAUUGUCAAAAAACUUGUGUCAAAUCUGAUGACCCUCCUGGUAACUACCAAUGUUUAAAAACUGGUAAAAGAAUUUGCUUACCUAACUGGUUUGGUGAAAAUUGCACAAGAUUUUGCGAUCCAAAUUCUUUAACGUACCAUUGUGAUGGCAAUGGUACGAAAACAUGUUUCAAACAUUGGUUUGGUGAAAAUUGCACCAGAUUUUGCAAGAGUGAUGAAUUAAGUAAUUAUGUAUGCGAUGACAUAGGUUAUCCCAUAUGCUUUUAUCACUGGUAUGGAAAAGAUUGCUCUAGGUUUUGCAACAACAGUGCCUUACAAUAUAAAUGCACGGAUAAUGGUGACAUGGAGUGCUCAAGAAACUGGUAUGGAAAUAAUUGUACCAAGUUCUGCAACAACAGUGCUUUACAAUAUAAGUGUAGUAUAAAUGGUGACAUGGAAUGCUCAAGAAACUGGUAUGGAAAUAAUUGUACCAAGUUCUGCAACAACAGUGCUUUACAAUAUAAAUGUAGUAUAAAUGGUGAAAAGGAAUGCUCAAGAAACUGGUAUGGAAAUAAUUGUACCAAGUUCUGCAACAACAGUGCCUUACAAUAUAAGUGUAGUAUAAAUGGUGAAAAGGAAUGCUCAAGAAACUGGUAUGGAAAUAAUUGUACCAAGUUCUGCAACAACAGUGCCUUACAAUAUAAAUGUAGUAUAAAUGGCGAAAAGAAUGAAGGAAAGGAAUGUAAUGUAACACGAUCAUGCAGGAAUAUCUCGGUGAGCGGACUUUUUUAUUGUGAGCCGACAGACGAUAUGAACGACAAAGAUAUUCGAUGUCCAAAUGGUUUAUUGGACACACAAUGUUUGCAAAAUUGCUUUGACAUCGAGCAGCACGCACAGGAAUAUAAGCAGAAAUGCUUGGAAAGUAAAGGAAAAGCAUUACUCUGUUCCGACACAACAAUUUUAGAGGAUCAAUGCGAAAUUAUGCAACCAGCAAAUUUAGGGCACAAAAACUCCAAAAAAGACAAGUCGAAUGUGAAGCUUUACGGUGGUUUAUUUGGUUCGUUUUUACUCGUGAUUAUAAUAACGACGAUUGUGGUAAUUUAUGUCAGUUUGAAGAAAAAAAAUGGCAACAGCACAUCUCCAAUUUAUGAAAAUCCAAAAGAAAUCGCCAAACAUGUGUUCGAGCGAAGCUACAAUCGAGCUGAACUAACUUUAAAUAUUGACGAAUUGAUAAAGCGACGUCAGUCUAGUUAUGAUGAAAUUGGGUAUGUGAACGAAGGAAUGAUGGUUGAGAAUCCUCUGUACCAAUCAAAACGAAAUAUGCGAGCAGUUUCAUCCAACCAUGUUAUUCCUGUGGCACACGUGAUCACCACAAGUGAUAGCCCAGGUGCUCAUAGCCAAGGAAAUUUUUACGUAGAAUUAGAAUUCUAUAAAGAAAAAGGAAACGACUGGACGACAAAAUGCAUUAAACUUUGUGUGACCACAUCGCCAUCAGGAUUUCCUAAAUGUAAUCUCAAAAGCACGACUGGUGUUACAAAAGUUGAUCUAACACAUAAACGCAUUUCUCCAUUAUAUCGCCGAUAUCUUUUUCCAUUUUCUGACUGGGAGGACAACAGUGAAUUAAGUGUAAUUGUAUGGAAAUUACCGAAAGGCAAAUCAUGUGACACGUCGAGUUCAACAAAUACUACCAAAUAUGGACAGUCUACCGUCAUUAUACCACGGUUAGAAAGAUUGAAAUUUUUAUACUUCGUUACAAAGAAUUGGAAAGUCGGUAUAGGAUCAUGUUUGCUCUGCAAUAAACGUGGUUGUCUUCUUCCUUGCAUUCCUCAACAAAAUGAUACAACAGGACAUUAUACAUGUGAAGAUGGAAACAAGAAAUGUACACCUCGAUGGUAUGGAAGAAAUUGUCAAAACACUUGUGUCAAAUCUGAUGACCCUCCUGGUAAGUACCAAUGUUCAAAAACAGGUAAAAGAAUUUGUUUACCUAACUGGUUUGGUGAAAAUUGCAAUACGUUCUGUGAUUCAACUUUGCCAAAGACAUAUACUUGUGAUAUGAGGGGAAAGAAACACUGUAUUGCUAACUUUUAUGGUGUCAACUGUUCAAUUUAUUGCAAUGACACUGCAUCAACCUAUCAUUGUGAUAAAAAUGGUAGAAAAGUUUGCAAGAUCAAUUGGUUUGGUUUGAAUUGUUCAAGAUUUUGUAAUACCAGCAAAACAAACUAUCUAUGCUCUUCAAAUGGAAGUAAAAUUUGUCCCAAUAACUGGUUUGGUAAUUUGUGUGAUGUCUUUUGUAACAUUACAGCCUAUAAUUAUAAAUGUUUAUUUGACGGACGUAGAAAAUGUCGUAAAAACUGGUUUGGAAGUCAUUGCAAAACAUUUUGUGAUACAAAUGCUUCAAACUAUCAAUGCAGUGAAAACGGCAGUAAGACCUGUUUUCCAAACUGGUUUAACGACAAUUGUAACAAGUUUUGUGACCUGAAGGCGACCCGUUAUAACUGUACACAAAAUGGAGAAAAAAUCUGCUCGGUAAACUGGUUUGGAAAUAAUUGUGACAAAUUUUGCAACAACAGCUUAUCUCAUGAUUACGCAUGCAACAAGACGGGAGACAAAGUAUGUUCUCCAGGCAAUAAAUGUUCAAAUCAUUGUGAAAAAAUAACAUCAACGAACGACCUUUAUUGGUGCAAAAGGACAAAACGUUCAAAUCACUGUCCUUACAAAUGGCACCAGAGAGGUUGCUCAAAACAAUGUUUUCAAGGCCAAGAAGAUAAAAUGGAACAAAUCUUGAAUGAUUGUAAAACAAAUCCAGGUGAAAAACAGUUAUGUUCACAGCACUCUAUGGAUAUGGAUCCCAAUUGUGAGUCAAUGACGGAAGACCCUACACAGUGGAAGCCAAGACAUAAAAUAUCAAAUGUAGUUGGAAUCAUGAAGGGAGGAAUAAUUGUUGGUGUGAUUCUUACAGUCAUUGUGAUUUUUGUAAUCACGUACAGAAUGUCUUGUGUUAUUAAAUGUCAAGUCAACAGAAUUCAAGUAAAGAGAAUCGAAGACAAGCAGUUAUCGUUUACUAUAGCAUUUACAUCAAGAAAAGUGAAUCCAGUUGACAUAAUUUACACAUCGCAAAAAUUUUGAAGUUGAAAAGCAUAAUAAGAUUGCAUACUCGAUGUAAAAAUGUCAUACCGUUUUACAAAAAAUAUACAUAACAUUGACAUAUCAAAAAGUAAAAUACUGAUAAACAGAUAUACACUAAAAUAUUACAUUGAUAAUCUUUUGGUAAUGUUGUAAUUAUGAUUAAAGAACAAUUUGAUAAAAAAUUGCUAUGAGGAAA